CGUAACGUCAGUGAUCACGUGUUACCCACUAUGAUUCGCUGAAGUUGUAGAAAAGUUUGACAAGCCCGAAGAGACACGAAAAAGCUGCUGAAAGAGCCAAGAAAGCAGACACAUUAUCGAGUCUAACGCUCUUUUUCUACCAACAAACGAUGGAAUCCGUCGCCCAGAAAGUGCUAACUUCGGGGUUCAGUCUUGACUUGGGUCCUCUGAAAGAGCCGUUGGCAUUCAUCCGUUUGCUAGAAUGGGUGUUCUCCAUAUUUGCCUUUGCUACGACUGGAGGUUACAGCAGUAGCAGCACCAUCAACAUCCAGUGCCAGGGGAGUGCCAGUCAAGAAAUACAAGCAAGCUUUAAUUACCCAUUCAGGUUGAUGCAGCAUCCCUAUAAUGUUCCUGACUGCAAAAUCAAUCAGACAAGCACCAGUGCUUACUACCUGACUGGAGACUACUCAUCCUCUGCAGAGUUUUACGUCUGCACUGGGGUGCUGGCCUUUCUCUACUGCACUGCCACAUUAAUCCUCUACUUGGGCUACCAGCAUGUAUAUAGAGAAUCUAGUCGCGGCCCCAUUGUGGAUCUGUUGGUGACUGCAGCCUUUGCCUUCUUGUGGUUAGUAUCAUCUUCUGCUUGGGCUAAAGGCUUGUCCGAUGUGAAGUGGGCCACCAGUCCUUCAUCCAUUGUAUCCCAACUCGUUGUUUGCAAGGAUGUCAAUAAUAAGUGCACCCCGGGUGCUUUUCCUCACAUGGGCCGACUGAACGCCUCCGUGAUUUUUGGUUUUCUUAACCUCAUCCUGUGGGGCGGCAACUGCUGGUUCAUUUACAAAGAAACACCUUUCCACAAAUCGGCCAACCAGCCUGCCGAUGCGGAGCGUGGUGUUGCGCCAUCAUAACUGCACAGCUUCCUCAUUUCGAAUUUGUCUAAAAUGUAGUGUUACUGAAUUACUCAUUUUGGUACUAAGUGUUCAAAGCAUAAGCAUACAUUUCCAAAACUGACUGCUUUUUUUUUGCUAUGUAUACAAUUUCGUUUUAGGGUUGUACUAUCUGAAAUACAUUUCAGACACUAAAAUUUGAUUUGUUCCUAGUGAAGUUAUUCAACAGCCAAAAAUGUUAUUCUCAUUGAAGCUCAUUUUGUAUGUUUUUACAUAUUUAUACCCAGGUUUCAAAACCUAAGUAUCCCUUAUUUCAAAUGGUACCGUGGACUCUAGAGUCUUGUUGGAGAUAAAUCAUAAUGAAGCAUCACUGUGUCAACCUGUUACCUGUCAGCAGUGUUUUGUACAUACAUACGGUACAUCAUUUAUGCCAUCAUCAUUUUUUUCUUAAAAAAAACAAAACAAAACUCAGGGCUAUUAAGUACACGACUUAUAAAAUACCUAAUAAACAUGAAAUACUUGAAGAGCAUUUAUUGUUAAGACAAGGCUAGACUGUAAACAAAACCAAAUGUCAGUCCAAUCCUAAAACAUACAGUAGGUCUCAAACAGUGUACAUAUAAUCAAUUAAUGUUAAAUAGUUGUUCAUUGGAAAGAUAACUCAGUUGCAAAUGAGAUUAUUUGUAAUGGGUGAAAGCAAUUUUAUUGAUUUUUUGUGUGUGUGUGUAUAUGUUUGCUUGCACCUCAUCUCAGUAUGUAAGGCUGAAUUCAAUAUUUCAGCCUCUAGCAUCUGAACACUAUGCUGAGUGUAGUGAAUGUAUCCAUUUAGAGCAUUUAAAACUGUUACUCUUACUUGGCAGAAUUUGUGAUAUUUCUCUGAAAGGACAUAUUUUUUUCUCUGUAUCCUGGAUGUUUCUCAUGUUUGAUGAAUUUCUACAAAAACAACCCAGAAAGGUCCUAUAGUAAAUCCUAUCUACUGUCUGAUGCAUCACUUGAGCUGGUUGUUAAUUCCUGUUCAUUUUCAAUAAACAACAUACUGAUCUCUAACCUGUUACUAAUUAACUGCAUAUAUGUUCUUGCUUCUGCCUGGUUUCCACCUUUACUUUGAUUUGGAGAAAAACUGUUUUUCUCUGUAACUGCCUUUAAUUCCUGCCUUGCUUGAUUCACAGUUUCUACAGCCUGAUCUGUCACCAUGUUGGCAAAAGUAUCAUGUAGAUGAGACUGAAGUUGCUAUUAUAGUCCAGGAAGAAAUUGUGUAGACAUGAAAUGCUGUGCAUCAUUAAAAGGAAGAGCUGGA